AUGCUCUCAAUUGCUAGAGGCAAGUUCCUAACGGAGACUAACGAAACAGCUACUACUAUGAAGCCUACAAUCACCACACCCACGACACCAACUACGACUACACCCACGACAAUUACUACUACUUCACCCACAACUACUACGACUACACCCACACGCCUACACCCAAUUAGUGUCCCCUUUUGGAGCAUGGCUGCUAUAAAACAACUCGUGCAGCAAGUCUUGUCCGAGAAUAAUCCAACGACACCAACUACGACGACGACGACGACUACAACUCCUUCAACAUCAAGGCCAACAAAAGUAACGACAGCAUCAGAGAAACCAGCUGAGCUGACUAUUCCAAUUGAUUCCGGAAGGGGAACGGAAACGGGACAAGGUCCGAAAAAUGACAAGUUUAAGUCAUACCCCAACUCAUUUUUGACCAUUCUUGUCAACCAAUUUGCUGGAAAACCUACACAACUCCGAAUUCAUGUAUGA